AUCCACCGACACGAGCGCGCUUCUGCGCAUGUCCUUGGCAUAUUUCCACUUUUGACAUUCGCUAUCCUCUCUCCACUGUUGCGUGUGUAAAUAAUACAGGAAGGAAGUUAGUCUAAAAUUUUUUAAAAUAGUUGAAUUUGUAAAAAGUAAUUAAAAUCGGAAAAGCGAAUUACAAACAUAUCACUGUCUCCACACCUUAUGACACCCUUUAGAAAUGGCGCACAAACACAAAUUAGCAAUAUAUUUCCUCUGUCUCACGUUAGGUGCACUCCGAAUAGCUGAUGGACAAUCGAUUUCGAAUACAGUACAUCGCACACAAGCUGCCACGGAGCGUAUUAACGAUCUUUCCUGCUACGAAUGUGAUACCAUGGACCAUGGCGAGGCGUGUGUGGAUGUUACGACACACAAUUUAACGAAUUUCAUACGCAAGUGUAAGGGUGAGGAGUUCAUUUGUAUGGUGAAACGUUUCUCCUACACCACCAGCACUGAGAACUCCACAAGUGCACCCAAAAUGUGGUCACUGGAUCGACGUUGCGCUGUGAACUGUGAAGCUGGCUGCAUUGUGAUUGGCGAGAGGACAAAACUGUAUGCUUGUACUUCUUGUUGCGAGAAGUCGCUCUGCAAUACGGGUCGCGGACGCGCCAUGACUACUUUUCAGCGCGUCGAGACCGGUAUAGGUACAUGGUGGUGUGCGGUGUUGUUGUUGUCGUCAAUGCAGCAACGAUUUUUCGCAUGGAGUAAUUCUCCGUUGCUGGCAGUGUAAGAUUUGCGGGCAGAGGGAGAAGGAAUGACGGAGAAUAAAACGAAAUAAAUACUUGUCGUGUAGUGUGUGAUGAGCCCAUUUGGAAAGCUUUGGAGACUCAAAAUUUUGAGCUUACCACACACUUUGCUCAUAAGCCAAAAUCUUAUUAAAAAUAAUUAAGUAGUUGAAAUGUUUUCUUCCUGUUCAAAUCUGCAGCCAAAUACUUUUGUGAUAUCAAAAAGGAUGAUUACUGUAAUAAGUUAAAUUACUUGA